AUGGCAGUCUCUGUCCAAGGCCCAUUCAACUCGAAGUCCAGUCUCUGGAACAUGGCCGGUCUACCAAACCACAACUACUCGGGAGGAAUUCCGAACCAUAUAUCCUCAAUAGCCUACCAAUAUCCUACUAUGAAUCCAGGUGCCGAUCAAAACAUGAUGCCUAACUACGAUCAUCACAUGGAACCAAUUCGAUCUCACUCACCUUUACAUGGGCAAGGGCAAUCUCCGUCUAACGGAGAACUCGAGGUUCCAUCUCUGUCAAAGUCAUCUAAAGAAUCUAAAUCAAAACGAUCAAUGUCUACUCCAAACAUCAGAACGUCUAGUAAUUCUGAUGCGGCUGCCUUGGCUUUGGUUAAUGACAAGAGAAGAAACAAGUUGGGUUAUCAUAGGACAUCGGUAGCUUGUGGUCACUGUCGCCGCCGCAAGAUCAGAUGCAUACCAGCUCCAGCAGAUCCUCAGAAUCGAUGCUCAAAUUGCAUUAGAUUAAAAAAGGAAUGCAACUUCUAUCCGGUUGACCAGCAGCCUCAGCCGGAACCGAAGCGCCGAGGUUCCAAAGCCCAAAGCGGAAAUGGAAGAGCCUCCCAAUCAUCAUCACCAUCUAUUCCAUCUGGCCAAUUGCCUGAUAUGCAGCCUAACCUUCCGUACCAUUUAAACAUGCCAUCAAUCCAAAACCUAGGAGGAGCUCAGGUUAAAACGGAAAGGACCGCGAGCUUUUCUCCUGAAAACAAAGCUACAUCACGAAAUUUUGACUACAGUGGUGGGCACACCCCGUGGAUGGCACCCGAAGUCUCCCCAGGUACCAAAACGCCAGCGGACAUAUCUGGACAUUACUGGCCCGCCAACACUCAGGAAUCUCCAAUGACCCCAGGUUUCUCACCUUACGCCGCCCCCAACAUGCAUAUGGCGACGGCGCAAAGCUGGCAAGGCAGAAGCCAUGGUGUUCCCGAAACUAAUUCAAGAGAGCCGGAAUGGCCAGCGCCUCAGCGGUCUGUUUCGUAUAGCAAUUUAGAAGGAAUGCAGGCCAGCAAUCAACACUCCGCUUAUGGCCUUCCACACCCAUCUGAUUCUUAUGCCUCUGCGAGAACCCGUGCUCCCAAUGGUGCAAUGUAUCCACCUAAUAUAACAACCACGCAUCCACACUCAGCUGCUGAGAUUUCCUCCGCAUCAACAGUCGGAACAGCCUACACACAUUCCGCAACUCCAAUGUCCGCUGGAUCUUACACAAGUUGGAACCAACCGUACACUGGUGGCUAUGCGAAGGUCUCACCUGGCAUCGAUACAUAUGCUUCAUGGAAUGGUGCUCCUGGAGAGGAGCGUAUUGUAGAAGAAGAAGAAAGCGCUGGGGGAUAUGGUGGAUAUGGCAACUCCGGAGGCGGGGUCUAUUAUGCUGGCCAGCCACAUGCAGCAGGCCGUUAG